AGGAAAAAAAAAAGAGAGAGAGGCAAAAAGGAGAAGUGUCUGUUUGUGCAGAGACUCAUAAAGUUGACAGAACUGAGAGCAGUCCCCAGGGACUGUGCGUGUGGAGGUUCCGGGCUCUCAGGAUCCUCAGGCAGAACUCACAAAAGGGACAGCUCCUGCAGGUGUGGCUCACACUUUGAAAAAUGCCACGGUCCUUUCUAGUGAAGAGUAAGAAGGCGCACACCUACCACCAGCCCCGUGCACAGGACGAUGACCUGGUCUGGCCUCCUGUUGUGAUUCCUGUGAUGAAAGAGCAUAUCCUGAGUAGCAGCCCUGUCCUUGGCACACUACUCCCAAGUCAGACCCUGGACUGGAACGCAGUCAAACAGGAGCGGGAGGUGCUGCUGGACCAGAGCCUGCCCAAGAUGACCUCAGCCCCAGAGGGGCCUCUGGUGACAUCCCAACCCCAGGAUGGAGAGUCGCCAGUCUCUGAGUCACCCCCUUUCUACAAGCCCAGCUUCUCUUGGGAUACCCUGGCUUCCUCCUACAACCACAGCUACCAACAGACCCCUUCUACCAUGCAGUCGGCUUUUCUGGAACGCUCCGUGAGGCUGUAUGGCAGCCCCCUUGUGCCCAGCACCGAGUCCCCCUUGGACUUCAGCCUCCGCUACUCUCCGGGCAUGGACACUUACCACUGUGUCAAGUGCAACAAGGUGUUCUCCACCCCUCAUGGGCUAGAAGUGCACGUCCGCCGCUCUCACAGUGGGACCCGGCCCUUUGCCUGUGACAUCUGUGGCAAAACCUUCGGCCACGCUGUGAGCUUAGAGCAGCACACGCAUGUCCAUUCCCAGGGCGUCCCAGCCGGGUCCAGUCCUGCGCCCAGCUUGGCUGUCCCGGGCCUCGAGGCCCCACCUGCACCUGACCCCCCAGGGCCUCGUUUCCUCCGGCAGGAGCGUAGCUUCGAGUGCCGGAUGUGUGGCAAAGCCUUCAAGCGCUCAUCCACCCUAUCUACCCACCUGCUCAUCCACUCGGACACACGGCCCUACCCCUGCCAGUUCUGUGGGAAGCGCUUCCAUCAGAAGUCGGACAUGAAGAAACAUACCUACAUCCACACAGGUGAGAAGCCCCACAAGUGUCAGGUGUGCGGGAAGGCCUUCAGCCAGAGCUCCAACCUCAUCACCCACAGCCGCAAGCACACAGGCUUCAAGCCCUUCAGUUGUGAGCUGUGCACCAAGGGCUUCCAGCGCAAGGUGGACCUACGUCGUCACCGUGAGAGCCAGCACAACCUCAAGUGAGAUUACCGGCCAGCCUGUUCCAGUGUGUCUCAUGUGAAGGCCACUCUCACAACUCUGACCCUGGUCCCCCAUCCUCCCAGAAGCAGUGCUGUCCAGGAGACUGUCCAAGAGGCUUCUUUUGAGAUUUGUGGAGUUGCUGGGCGAUAUCAAGCAAGCCCCACUCCUUCUUUGACUGCCUUAAGGUGUCAGCUCGGGCCUUUCUGAACUGUAGUCACAGAUGUACGCUGGUCUUGUCCCCUGCCGGAGCACAGAAGGCUACAAGACCCUGGUGUCCAAAAUCAGAAUGGCAAAGCCAGACAAAAACUGGGUCUAUCAGAGAAGCCCUCCUGUCUGUUUCUCUGGGCCUGGUGACUUGGAAGCUUUAAGGAUUCUCUUCCUGGCUACCAUAGUCAGAGUUCCCCCUGCCCCAACUGAAGGUUGGCACCCCUCUGCUUUAGCCAGAUGUGCUGUCUGCUCACCCUUGCCCCCCAGCCCACCACAUUCAUCUGGGAGUCAGGCUCCACAGCCACAGGGCUGGGAAAUGAGGAGUUGGUGUGUCAGAAGCCUGUUCCUCUCAACUGAUGUAAAUGAAAAUAAAGAUGGAUCUGGCCAUUUGUAAA